AUGGUGGAGGAUCGUGGCGGCAAUUUCAUUCUGGACGACUUGGUUCCUGAUGAGUAUGUUGUCUCGCCCUGCCAUGAUCAUCUUCACGAGAUUAAGGUGAUCGCGGAAGGUAGAUUUUUUGACCGCUAUACCGGUUCGGGGGCAAAAGAAACUGAUGAAGAUUCUAUCGAAACCAGUCAUACAGCCUUGCUAACUGCAGAAGAUAAGCAACCUGCACUUGGCACGGGGGGCUUAGAAUCUAACUCACAUCAAGAGAUGAGUGCGACGGAAUCGUGGACGCAAGAAACCGGCGUUGACAGCGCAGGUGUCUUGGACACUGCAGGUCAAGCCGAAGAAGGCCAUACGUGUCAGAGUAUGGAGGGCGGCGAUCUCCAUGGCAGUUUCCAAGCCUCCCUUGGUGAUCAGGGUAUGCAGGUAGGCAAUCAAGGUGAUCAAAAUGAACUCGGAAACACUCAAGACUGUCCACAAACCGCAAGGUACGCAAGGUACUUUACGUAUGUGACGGAGAACGAACCAACUCACCAAAACGGUACAGAAGGGCCUCAAUUAACGGGGUUGGGAGGUCUACGGGCAUUAUCUUUGCUUGAAUUCACUGGUGACGUGCGUGCGGUUGACUUUGAUUUACUUAACAGGGAAAUCUGUUUCCAAAGGGGGUAG